GCCCGAAGAAGGGGAAAAUCCGAAAAGCUCCCGGAGUUUUCUCGGCCCCAGCUUCAUCUUCAUCGGGAUUUUCAACGGCGCUGCCUUAUAAGAGUGGCCUAUGCCUACGACUGGUCCAUGUCAGCCAUGUCGGUGUGGGCUGAAGAUCUCAUGAUGGAGGAUCUGGUUGAUGACGGUCCACCAAAUCCAACGGAUGCAGUCGGGCCAGGAGGGUCAGUGCUCCAGCAGGAGCCGGCGUCGCCGAGUUGGGAGACUAGCAUCCGUGCCCCCGAUUUUUAUGAGCGCUCGGUCAACGAAGGUGCAGUCGUCCUGGCACCUGUGGCGGAAGCUGCAGGUCAGGAUGCCCAGCGCAACAUCGGCCGGUCUGAUCAGCAUGAAUCUCAGUGGAGCUGCAUCAACAGGUUUCCAGCCGCAACGGGCGGAGGCUCUAUGGCCGGAUCUUUUGAGCAGUGCUCGUGCGACGACAACAACAUACCAGGAGUACCGGAGAACCUGCUUUGGUGA